AAGCAUGCUGUUCUUAGUUCGUACUUGAUUCCAUACAAAGAAACAGGCCUUUUAGUAGCAAGUGACACUUAGACAUAACUAUGGCGGCUGAUUAAUAGUUAAAAGGAAACGUAGUUUAGCUGUUAUUGACCUACUGCAUUCUCAGUGCACGAUCCAUGGGUUGUGAUUCAUCAGUUGUUCACCUGUUGACGCGGAAUCCAAUCCAGAUCGAUAAUGAAAGCGGGUGGGAAUGGAGAGCGAGCACCUCUGAGGACAGUGCUACAAAACUUUCUUAACCAUGUCGAAACACUGGAGAAGAGGAAAAAUGGAGGAGAUGAUCAGUAUGAUAAAGAAUUCCAAGAGCUUAAACUCUUGAGUGAGAGCCUGAAAGGGCUCUCCAUGUAUUCAUGCAAGGAGGGUGAAAAAGAGGUUAACAGAAGAAAAAACAGAUAUAAAGAUAUAUUACCAUUUGAUUGUACAAGAGUUAUUCUAAGUGAAAUAGCUGGAAUCCCAGGGAGUGAUUAUGUCAAUGCAAACUACAUACGAGGGGCCAGUGGUUCCCAGGCUUACAUAGCUAGCCAAGGUCCUUUAGUUCAUACGGUCACAGAUUUCUGGAGAAUGGUAGUUGAGUGUGAUGUUCAGGUGAUAAUCAUGGCUUGCAAUGAAGAAGAGUCGGGAAAACACAAAUGUGAGUGUUAUUGGGCAGAGAGUGAUAAAGAAACUAGAUCAUACGGGCCAUACACCGUCAAGCUUUUGAAAUCAAGACGUAUGUGCAAUGAUUUUAAUCUCAGGACGAUGGAACUUAUUUAUGUUAAUGCGACCGGAGAAACAAUUACGAGAACCGUUGUACAGUUCCAUUAUUGGGCGUGGCCAGAUCAUGGUGUUCCGGCUUUGGUCCGACCGUUGCUUGACAUGGUGCGGUUAAUUCGUGAUUGCCAAGCCUCGGAGACCCUUCCGUUAUUGAUCCAUUGUUCGGCGGGAUGCGGGCGGACUGGUACCAUUUGUGCAAUCGAUUACGUCUGGGGCCUGCUCCGCGCUGGGAAAUUAAUGGAAAACUUCAGUUUAUUCGAACUGAUUUCCGAUAUGCGCCGUCAACGUGUAGCAAUGGUUCAAACCAAAGAUCAGUAUAUUCUGGUGCAUCGAGCUCUGCGAGAACUUUUUAUUGAACAACUAAAGAUGAUUGAUGCGCAUCCGUACGAAAACUUGGAUGUUAAUGGCCAUCCAUUGAUUUGCCCACCGCAAGAAAUUCGCAUUGACCCUAGCUACGAAACAAUUUUCGUGAAAGUGAAUCCAACUGUUUUGGAAGUGAACGAAGAAGAUGACGUUUGUCACGAAGAGCCUGUUGAUCAAAUUCCUUGGCCUGUUCUGCAAUUCCAGUCUAACCUGACGCCAAUCAACUCGGCCCCUCCAUUGCCAGACAAAAAGAAAAAGUCUGGGGGAACUUCAUCGGGACAAGGAUCACCCGUUUCCAAUCCCGGUGACGCAAAGAAAACAGUUUAUGUUGGCAGUAGUGAAAGCAGCUCAAAAGAAUCGAGUCCGCUUACAAGCCUUGAACGUACCCUGCUCAAGUCUUCCGACACGGAUCCAACCAAUGAUAGUUUAAAAGAGGAGGAAGAAGUUUUAAAACCGAAAGCUUCGCCCAAGUCUGGUCUGACACGGAAGUCUAGCAUAUUGAAGAUUCGUGCAUUCUUCGAGAAAUCUCACUCCGAGCCGCGCACGGAAAAGAAAGCGAACAUUGCGUGCACUCGGAAAGCCAGUUCAUUUCGUCUUCGAGAAGGUCCUAAAUUCUAUCGCUCUCUCGAAGAUGAUCAUCCGCUUCCAUUAACGGAGAAGACGAAAAAAGAAGCGAAUGAAUAUUACUCUUCCAAGAAACUGACGGUGGCCCUUGGCCCGGAAUUGGAUGGCCUCAACGGGUUUCCUCCGUCGACAACCAAUAAAGAAACUCAACUUCUCUCCGCCUCAAAUGCGGAAAAGAAUCUGGACGAGAAACCCUCCCUUCCUGUAAAGCGAAGCAAAUCUAUGAAAGUGUACAGAGGCUUUGACAUUCGGUCGGAUUCGAACGAGUGCGAAAUACCUACAACAUCCCAAACUCUAGAGUCAGCAGCUGCCCGAGAGGUUAUCGUUCCUGCGACUUGUGGUGUAGUCCUUAGCAAGACACCAUCUGUCACUUACAUAUCUUCCAAAGAUAAACUGUAUCAAUCGGUAGCGGAGAGCACGGCGAAACAUGUCCGAAAACCGCCUCCGGACCGAUGUAUCAAUUAUGAAACCUCGUUACCUUUGGCGACUAGCAGCCUGGAUCGAGGGAAAGAACAACGCUUUGCGAAACCCACCUCGUUCCCUGGAUCGCCAACGACUUGCGGCUCGCUCGAUCGCGGGGUUGUCGAAAACAAGAUUACGCCGACUUACGUCAACGUUCUGAUGCGCAACCAGGAAGUAGCGAAUACGACGAAACUGGACAGCGAUACCCGUCAGUUGCUGCAUGACUGCCAGGCGUAUCUCAUGCAUGGUGAUGGAAGCGACAUGUUGCCGUCGGUUGAAGAGAAGCAUCAAAGAUCUACGCCCCAUGUGAAGAAACACAAGAAUCAGCCGUUGAAGGAGAGGAGGCAUAGUUUUAAAAACGCUGUCGUGCAACAUCCGGAUCACCAGGAAUCAUCCGCAUCGUCUUUGUCAAGGGAAACUGGCGAAGAGAAUUAUGCUGUUUUGGAAAGCUUUGACAAGGUCAUGCAAUUUGACGAUGAAGAAGCAGCAAAGAGUCGAUCCGGCAGAAAGAUUCACGAAUACGAAGCUAUCUGGUUGAGUUCGAAAAAAUCUGCUGCCGGUGUCCCCGCAUCCGAAACAGCUGUUGAAAACACGGAUACCGCCGCAGGUCUGGAGACGAAAGAUUCUGUUUUCGUUCAGAAAUCGGAUGAAAUUCGGCUGUUACUCAACGAGUUGCAGAAUGCUCAUUCGGAAGGCGAACCAAGGCAACCGUCUCCAGUCGUCAUACCGAUGCCGACUUACAACUUUCUGACUCACGCAGAGAAUCCAUCCAGUCCCCGUUUACAUCCCGAUCGUGUGUUGAGCGAGUUACAGGAACUGGUGGAACGUGCAAACCGAAACAAAGAAGAAACCGCCAAGUCGGAGGCUUUCGUUCUUCCGACUUUGUCAAUACCGCCUACCCUUCAAAGAGUCAGCCCUUCUUCGCCAUCCACGCUCAAUCCUUUGCGCCUUAACCCACAAUUACCUGUGUCCCGAAAAGAUGUCCCUUCGCCUACCAGUCCAAGCUCUUCGCAAUUCUUCGUUCCCGCGCCUUCCUCUAUUUUGAAUACCCCGUCGCCUGGCCUAAUUUCACCCAUUCCAAUCAAAAUAACUCCGUCGGCCCCUUCGCCGCCCAUCGCGCCUUCUUUUAGUGCAGCAGUAGGACCGUGUAGAUCUUCUCCGAGUGCAACUGAUGCGACCCAACAGCCCGCUACAUCUAAUGUAUCGAUUACAAAAAUUUCUCCAAAAUCAGAGCCACAGCCGGUAGCCUCGCUUCCCGUUACCAAGGCUGAGCCGAAAGCUCCAGCGUUUCGGCCACCUCCUCCGUAUCCAACCAAAUUUUAUGUCAAGAUGCCGUCCGUGUCGAAGGAAGUAACAGCCAUUGCUUCAACCAGCGCCGUCAGUUUGAUCAAAGCAUCGCCCCAAGUUCAGCGGAGAAUGCCACCAGAGUACAAGGCACCGCCACCGGUGAAGCACGUCACCCAAGCCAAGGUGUCUCAACCCGUUGCCCCUCCACGUUCCAAGCGACAAGUAACCAGUGCAUCACAGCUUCCUACCAUGGUUGCAUUCCCUAAAGGCCCUCCGAUUCCGACGCGGACCUUUUCGUCAGCUGCCCUUCCGGGUAUUGAUGUUGACGCCGUGGCCGCCGUGAUGGCGGCCGCUGAAAAUUCAUCGGCUAGAGGGACUUCUACUGGUGGUUCUUCCUCACCCACCACUGCAGCAAACAAAGCGUUGAGCAAAGCAUUAGGGAAGUUUCAUGCUACCGCUGCCAGUUUUAAAACGAAGCUUGCUCAACUGAGUGACGGAAAAGAUGGCGGAGGAGAAUUGCCCGCCGUCGCGGCUUCACAGUCGAAAGUGGAACGUGAAUCUAGCUUUGCAAAACAAUCAGAUGGAGCAACAAUGAUGAACCCGUCAGAAGCAACUUCGUAUGCGCGAAAGAAACAGCAUUAUCUGUGAUGAAGCAAUAACUUUGGGCAACUCAGUCGGCCGUACACCUAAUCUUAAAAUGCCUUCGCAAUCAUUCAGUUCACAGGUGGCCUUUUAAAAUCCGAUCAGUAACAGUUAUGCAAUUAUAUCAACGUCCUUAACUUCCAUAAAAUAUGACUAGCUAAAUUGUUUUACAUUGUACAGAAUCUUUUCCCUAUAGAGCCUUUUGCAACAAAAUUUCUCGCGACAGCAUGUUCAUGACAUUUACCUUGUACUGUGAAUAAAUUAGCCUUCCCUGCUAGAAUUGUUUCUAAAAUAAUAAUUUGUCCGAUUGUAAUUAAAGGGCUUUCUUGCAAUAAACCAUGUGUCUAACGGCUA